AUGCUUUUUGUGGACGGGCGGGCUGAGCGGGUGUACACGGACGGGUUGCGGAACGAGGCGUACGUGUUCCAGAUCAAGCGGACGGACGCCGUGCUAAAGACGCGCUACAUUACCGGUUCGAUCUUUGUGAUUACGCCAAUCACGAGCGUGACGGCGGGGCUCUUCCAGCGGGCCUUCGUGGACGUGAAUGACAACCGGUCGGUGAUCUUCGAGCUGGCCGAAGGCUUCGCCGACCAGCCGGGCCGGAACAUGUACUUCAAGAGCCGUGUCUUGCAGCAAAGCCUGGUCAAAAUGUACCCGCAGCGCACCUUCCUUUCUGACGCACUGAACCUCGAAGGCGGUUGGGUGCGACAGGAUGGCAGCCGCGUCAAAAUCCACGACUUCCACCGCCUCGAAGGCCACGGGCUCUGCGUCGCACCCGGCUUCGCCUACUGGUACAAUGACGAGACGCACGCCGUGCCCCAGGUCCGCCUCUCCACCACGCUCUUUCUCGACGAAACGCUCCCCUUCGAACAACAUGCCUUCGACACCACUAGCCGCUUCAUCCAACUCGGCUUCUACGGAGACGUCAGCCUCGGCGGCGAUUACAUCGUCAUCAAAAGCCCCGCUGACGGCCGCCCCAUUUUCAGCUUCCGCAGGGUCCUCGAGUAUGCCACGCCCACCCUCCCGCCGCCGCCGCCCACCGUCAUCACCGUCUCCGGCGUCAACCAAGUCGCCGCCAUCUCCGAGGCAGCCCAAGGGGCCCUCCCCACCACCACCACCACCACCACCACCACCACAGCCGAACCCACUACCGAGCACCACCAUCACCGGGAUCACACUAACCAGGACGACGACCACCACCAUGGGCAUCACCACCACCACCAUUACUGGCCACCACCUCAGUCGGAUCUGCCGUACGGCCCGUCGGACAACCCCUGGCCGCGACCCGCUUUCGACAACGCGCCUGCGCAGUCCCUGUACGAGCUCUACCCCAACUACGGACUCUUCAACCGCGGCUUCGGACCCAACCACACCUUCCCCACGCCUCUCGAGCCUCCGGACGCAGGCGGGGCGCUGCCUCGGCCGGCGUGGGAAAUCGACCCCUACGCCUUCGACAACGACCCCUUCGUCGGCCCUCCAACCAGUCUACAAGCCGCACCGGCCUCCCCCGGCCCUGCAACGAACCGAUUUGACCCGAGGAGCGGCCCUGGUAGCCCCGCCUUCGAGUCCAGCAGCCCUUUCCACAGGGCCUUGUACCGGGAAGGCUCCACUGCCCUUAUUGCAGAUCUCGCUAAGCACGAACAUCUCAGAAACGACGACCUUCUGUUCGAAGGAACAGAACGCCUGAAGACCAUGCUCGGACACUCUCGACGACUCGCGGCCUCACAGACUGCUUAUCCUGAGCCGGAAGACCAAGUCUGCUUGCAGCCUUCAGACUCUUGGACCGGGUUCCACGCCGUGGGACGGGGCGGCCAAGGCGCCAAACGCCAACUGAGUCCCUGGGGCACGGUGUUCGCCAAACGCAUUCCAGUGGGCAUCGUCUCUCAAGAUGAACUGGAUCGCGACGACGAGGCCGACAACGAUGAGAACGCCGCGACACAGCGCCCCCUCGUCGAACGCCACUUGGAGGGCCGGCCUCCGGAGGGCCGGGCUCCGGAGGGCCGAGUCGUGCCCAAAACUACCUUGGAGGACUUGAAAAAGUUCUUGCCUUCUCAAUUCACUGAAAACCCAGUGGUCCAGGUGGCUUCCAAGGCGAUCGAGAACCGCGCAGCCGAGCUUUCCGGCGCCGAGCCGGCAGAAGCCCUGUUUGCUAAGACCCAGUUCUUCGGACUCGACCUGCCCAGCACCAGUCCGUACGACUGGCUCUGGAGAGCCAGCGCGGGACGACUCGCAACGGCAGAGCGAUACAAAGACGAGGCCCUGAUGCGCAAGAUGAGCCGCAAGUCCGCCAGACGAGACGCACGGGGUCAGUGA